CACGCGUCUUCCCCAUUUCAUACUAUAAAUACACGCAAAAACACGAAAACUAAACCCACGAGCACACAGAGCAAUCAGAAUGUUACCCAAAAGAAUAAUCCUCAUCCGCCACGGCGAAAGCCAAGGCAAUCUCGACGGCGCAGCCUACUCGACAACUCCCGACUACAAGAUCAAACUAACACAACACGGUAUCGAGCAAUGCAGGCUCGCGGGUCAUAACAUUCACAACAUGUUGUCGGAGAACGGGAAGAAGAAGAACUGGAAGGUGUUCUUCUACGUGUCGCCGUAUGAUAGGACGAGGUCGACGUUGAGGGAGAUUGGGAGGGCGUUCAAGAGGAGGGAGAUGAUCGGAGUGAGAGAGGAGGUGAGGAUCAGAGAACAGGAUUUUGGGAAUUUUCAGGUGGCGGAUAGGAUGAAGGUGAUCAAGGAGACGAGGGAGAGGUUUGGGAGGUUCUUUUAUCGGUUUCCGGAGGGGGAAUCGGCGGCGGAUGUGUUUGAUAGAGUUUCGAGUUUUCUUGAAUCGCUUUGGAGGGAUAUAGACAUGCAUAGGCUCCACAAUGACCCUGCUGAUGACCUAAACUUUGUAAUUGUAUCUCAUGGACUAGCUUCGCGUGUCUUCCUAAUGAAGUGGUUUAAGUGGACAGUUGAACAAUUUGAGUACCUAAAUAAUCCAGAGAAUGCUGAGGUUCGAGUUAUGCAGUUAGGACCUGGCGGAGAAUACAGCCUAGCAAUUCAUCACACUGAAGAAGAGAUGCUUGAAUGGGGACUAUCUCCAGACAUGAUUUCUGAUCAAAAAUGGCGAGCUCAAGCCCAUAGGGGUGAGUGGAAUGAGAACUGUCCCUGGUAUCUUGAUUCUUUCUUUGACCAUUUAUCUGAUGACACUGCAGAAGAUUCAGAUGACAAUGCAGAAAAAGUUUAGCUUGCUGAGUGAUAUGAUUGCAUAACAUUUAGGACUUUAGAAAUCAGUUUUGUCUGGUGAGGAUUGGUUCAACUUUGCAAUUUGAACAAUUCAUUAUUUUCUGUGUAUUAUAACAUGAAAAUUUUACAUUUGCCUUCA